AUGUCAGAGAGCCAAACUCCACAGUCAAUACCACGCAAGCGCCGCCGUCCUGCGCUGUCAUGCGAACAAUGCCGCCGCCGCAAAGUCCGAUGCGACCGGGAAAUGCCGUGCGGCCCCUGCACCAAGUCCCAACCUUCGCUCGACUGCGAAUACGUCUACGAAGGCAAGGCAGCCUUGGACGCGAGGAUCGUCGCGUCCCGAAAUAGCGAGCACGAGUCGCCGCCACCUGGGGCGCAGGGCAGCAACGCCCCGAGCUCCGCUGACGGGGCGCGCAUCGCGCAGCUGGAAGCCAGUGUCCGAACUCUGCAGAGCCGCAUGCAUGAUUUGGAGCACGGGUCCCAUGUGGAUGUGGCUCGUGCUCGGAGGGAUGUGCUUACUGAUGACUCGAUGUCGUCGUCCAAUGCAAAUAAACUGGAUGAUCACAUUGCCGAUCUAGAGAGGCGGUUGGCUGAGGCGAAGGCGCGGAGGUCGGAAGUGUCGCAGACCUGUAUUGCUCCGCUCGUGCCUCGUCUGAAGAAAUGCACGGCUGACAGGAUGAAAUUGUUUGGUACAACGCAUUGGGCGCUCGUGUUUCAGCAGUUCCGGCUUCUACGACAAAUCCGCAGCACAGCCAGCUAUACCGAUGGGAACCAGAAUGAGGUCAGCAGGUUGCUUAAGGAAAUUCGGUCUAUGAGGCACUCCAUCAAAGGCCGACAGGCGCCACGGCUCGGCGACCCGGCUCCAGGUCUAUUGAACGACUUGCCUCCGCGGGACGUCUGUGAUGAGCUCGUCCAGGAUUACCUGCGGACUCUGGGCUUGAUUUAUCGAGUCCUCCACAUUCCAUCCUUUUACCAAGAAUACGAGCGCUUUUGGACUGAUCCCCAAGCGGCCUCGAAGGGAUUUCUCAUGAAGCUUCUGCUGAUCCUCGCCAUCGGGUCUAUUUUCCACAGCGAGCCGGGUCCGUUCAAUGAGCUCGGUAUCCCGGUACGGCGAUGGAUCUAUGCGGCACAGUGGUGGUUGUCAGGCCCAACUGAAAAAGAAGAUAUAGACUUGGAAGGCUUACAGGUUCACUGUCUACUUCUCCUCUGUCGACAGGGGUACGCGAUCGACAAGGAGACGAAUUGGGUCUCAGCUGGUAGCUUGCUGCGUCUUGCGGUAAAGCAAGGUCUUCAUCGGGAUCCAAGGACUUUCCCGACACUGUCAGUCUUUCAGGCUGAGAUGAGACGUCGUAUCUGGGCUACUGUGCUUGAGAUCAAUUUGCAGCUCUCGAUUGAUUCAGCCAUGCCACCACUCUUCAGUCCGGAUGACUCCGAUACUGGCCCGCCCUCCAAUCUGGAUGAUGAGGACUUCGAUCAAGCUACCACUACCCUCCCAUGUCCGCCGCCCAAAGACUGGUAUACGACUUCCUCACUCCAGGUCCUCCUUUCACAAUCCUUCCCAACACGACUACGCAUCGCACGAAUGAUAAACGAACCCGCUCAAGAGCAAUGCUACGAAUCUGCAUUACAUCUGGGUAACGAGCUCGCUGCAUCCUGCAGAGAGAUGGCCAUCACGUUUCACAACUACUUCUCUCGAACAGCCGGGAGCAGAUUCGGCCCAACAUCUUUCCACCACCGACUAAUGGACACUCUCCUCCGCCGCUUCCUGCUCAACCUCUACCGCCCAUUCACCAUACAAGCUAUCAAAGACCCCCGCUUCUACCUAUCCCGAAAACUCAGCCUCGACUCCGCCCUUUCCAUCGCCUCAUAUGCCGACACCUCCAGCACGUCCCCAAACGUCGACCACGUAGGAUGUCGAGACUUCCAACGCCUCUGUCUAUCCGGAGCAGGCCUCUUCAAGGGACACCUAUCUCUCGACGUCAUGGUCGUGAUCGCCCUGGAACUAAUCACCCAACUCGAAGAAGUCGCCCAACAAUCCACCACGGUCUCACUCCCAUCCAACGUGGUGGAUCAAAUCGCAGAAGCGUCGCGUGCCCCGCUUAUCAAAGCUCUCGAAAAUAUCAGGGCACAGCUUUACCAGAGCUUGGCAGCGGGAAUCCCGAGCAUGAAACGAUACUGCCUACUGGGUGGUAUUCUCGCCCAGGUCACCGGCGUUCCUCGUGGGGAGCAUGCGGAGUGGACUCGUAUCAGGAAGGCAUUUAUGAGUACUAUGGAGACUUGUCGUAUGCUGCUCCAGCGGUAUAUCGAUAAAUGUCAAGUUUCUGAUAAAGAGGGGUUGUUGACCCCAACCGGUGGAGUGAAUGAGUGGACUCCUGAGAGUUUUAUUCCUUCAAGCUUGGACUCUGAAUUCAUGAUUCCGAAUCUUGGAUUCGAGGACUUGAGCUUCUGGGAUAUCCCUGAUUUCGUUGACGCGGGCGCGUUUGACAUGAGUGUAUAG